UCUGCAGUCAAAAAAGCUGACUGCAGUAAUUACGCUGAGUCAGAAAUAACUUUAUCUAUUAUUUUUCUUUAGAAGUAUUAGUAUUCAUUAUCAUGAAGUUUUACAUUUCGUAGUAUUUUAUAACUCUACCCGUAUAAUGAAAGUACACAUAUUGCUACCAUAAUAUCAUAUACUUUGGGUCCGUAUGAUAUGUUUAUAAAUUUUACUAUAAUCAUAUCGCGUAAAUACAUCCUAACAUUACUACUUUGCUAAGAAAGCAUUGUACAUUACGAUAUACAAAGUGAUUGAUUUUGUUAAUCUACAACGAAUUGAAAACAGGGUACACAAAAUAUCAUACAAUUAACGUCAUGUGCACAAAAUUCAUAUUGAUCGAAUCCAUGGAGAUUUUAAGCACAAUACCUCAAUAUCAUACACUGCUAGGAUCAUUCUUGAUCCUUUGGCUUGUUUGGUUUAUAGCUAAGAAACGUUACAAUAGACACGAAAGAGUGCCAACAGAAGAUGAAGUGGAGAAGAAACUCGCAGAGUGGAAACCUGAACCAUUAAUACCCACUUCACAAGCGAAUCAUUCUUCUUUAUAUCCAAGAUGUAUAACAUCUAAAGCAGGGAAGAGAAUAAUAGUUGAUGGCAAAGAUUGUUUGAAUUUAGGUACGCACAAUUACCUAGGUUUAACAGAAAAUAAUGAAAUAGAAAAAGGAGCGAUAGCAGCUAUAAGAAAAUAUGGUAUAGGAUCUUGUGGUCCACGUGGAUUUUAUGGUACUGUUGAUGUUCAUCUUGAAUUAGAAGAGCGUUUAGCAAAUUAUACAGACACAGAAGAAGCUGUAGUAUAUUCUUAUGGAUUUAGUACAAUAGCAUCUUCCAUAGCAGCUUAUUGUAAGCGCAAAGAUAUUAUAUUUGCAGAUGAAAAAGUAAAUUUUGCCAUACAAAAAGGCUUAGAUGCAUCUAAAGCUAAUGUUAAAUAUUUUAAACACAAUGAUGUGAAUGAUCUUCGAAAUCUAUUAAUGAAACAAGCAGAACUUGACAAACAAAAUUCUAAAAAAGCAACCAAGAUUAAACGCUUUUUAAUAGUUGAAGGUAUUUAUAUGAAUACAGGAAAUAUUUGUCCAUUACCAGAACUAGUUUCACUUUGUAAGGAAUAUAAAUUGAGAAUAUUUAUCGAUGAAUCAAUAUCAUUUGGAACACUUGGUGCCCAAGGAAAAGGUGUUACAGAACACUUUGGUAUUCCUAGACAUGAAAUUGACAUGAUUAUGGGAUCUUUGGAGUGGGCAAUAGGAUCUAUCGGUGGCUUUUGCGUAGGUACAUCAUUUGUUAUAGAACAUCAUCGUUUAUCCGGACUUGGAUACUGCUUCUCCGCAUCUCUGCCACCUCUCCUGACAUCAGCUGCUAUUACUUCUUUAGAUAUUAUGAAAAAUAAUCCACAAAUAUUUAAAUCGCUGAAAGAUAAUUGUGUAGCCAUUAAUAGUGGACUUCAAGACAUUCACUGUUUAGAAUGUUCAAGUUUCCCAGAAUCUCCUGUAAAACAUGUAUAUCUGAAAGAAAAAUUAGAUUGUGACACAGAAAAAAACAUACUUUCCAAAAUCUCUGAAAAAUGUAUUGAAAAUAAUUUAGCUGUUGUAACACCUAUCUAUCUAGAAGCAGAAAGAGAUUUACCUAGACCUAGUCUCAGACUUUGUAUUUCUACUCUUCUCAAUAAGAAUGAUAUUGAUUUUGCAUUGAAUAUAUUAAAGAAAUGUACAGAAGAAGUUCUGUCAGCGUAAGACAGGGGAAAAUCAAAAAAUUGUUUGAAACAAUACUUUAAAAUUAACACAAUUAUCUAUGUACAUCCUAUUUAUCAACAAAUUUGUACAGUUACGCAUUCAUUGCACAAGCGCAUAAAGAUCUCUUCCUGAUUGUACAAGCAAAACAUUUCUCUAUUUUACAAAUAAUUUAUUUUUUAUUCAGAAUCGUGUCAUAUCUAUGCAGUUGUGAUGUGUUUUAUAUAUAAUAAAAAUUGAUUUAACAGUA